AUGGGCGAUGAGACUCACCGACGGUCUCUUCGCGGAGGCGGAGACAAGCACGGAAAUGCGGAUUUGUACGACUUCGAUAACUACCUUGCGACAGGGGUAUCUGAACAGCUCACUCUGAACGUUGUUUCAAAAGUGCCGGCCGGUGCACGGCUUCGUCAUAACCCCGAGCUGGACGGUUUCAAAGAGGCCGUUGAGCGAUAUCCCCUAAACCUGGUGGACCUACGGACAAAGGCGGGGCGGCGUCAACGAACGUUGCCGCCAGCAAAGCAGGGAAAACGCAACAAGGAUCCGCUGGACUCGAGUUUGUUCGAGGCCUUUCACAAGAGGGGCGAGAAGGAGGAGAAACGGUUUGCCCGUGACGAUCGCAACAAGCUGCUACGCGAGUACCAGAACUGCAUGGAGCUGCUCGGCAAGCUUGGAGGGUCAAAGGCAGAGCAAAAGGACGACAGAAUUCGGUUUUUGCUGGAGACCACAAAGAUAAAUGAUGUCAACGACCCCAUGGAAUUGGACAUCAAAUUCAUGUUGACUGUGAAAGAGUUGGUCCAUUUCGUUCUGAACUAUGAGCGAGUGAAGCGGCUUGAGGCAGAGAUCAAAUCGACGCUGGACAAAGACCGUUGGGACGAGCCAGAUGGUGAUCUGGACGAGAUACGAGCACGGCGCAAACGACGGAUGAUCCGCAACCACGGGCCCACGGUCAAAAUCAAAUUCUUGGAUGGUGUGGUUCUGGAGUUAGAUCCCUUAGGUCGCGCCAAAAUACAUAGACGUUAA